AUGGUUCCACAGUUGGCUGCAGAGCAGGUUGCUCUUGACCGGCUUCGCACGAACAUUGGCCUUCAGUCAUCCAAAACCUCGAAACGCAUGAAUCAAAUUGAUCGACUUCGCGCUAAUGGAGUUGACAAUAUCAUCGCGCUACCGCAGUUGGUGGUAAGUGGUGACCAGUCGGCAGGAAAAAGCUCCGUUCUAGAAGGUAUCACUGGGAUCCCAUUUCCUCGACAAGAUGGCCUUUGCACUCGAUUCCCGACUGAGAUCAUUCUUCGCCAUGACUCUACCACAUUUGGGCUUGCAAUCACGGUUUCUAUCAUCCCGCACCAAUCUCGGAAUACGGAACAAAAAGCCAGCUUAAGUAAUUUUCACCACCGCCUCCUGGAUUUUGAAGAGCUACCAAACAUCAUCGAUCAAGCUGCAAAGCUAAUGGGUGUACGUGGCGCUGGAAUGGAGGCGGAGGGUCCCGCGUUUGCUGCCGAUGUCCUUCGACUCGAACUUGUUGGCGAUACUGGCCUUCACCUGACAAUCGUUGAUCUUCCUGGUUUGAUAUCGGUUUCGGAAAACGAGGAAGAUGUGCAGCUUGUGGAAAACUUGGUGGACUCAUAUCUACAAAAUUCUCGCACUAUAAUCCUUGCGGUAGUGCCGGCAAGUAGCGAUGUUGACACCCAGGGUAUCAUUCAACGUGCUCGGUGUUUCGACAAAGCCGGCUUCAGGACAGUUGGAAUCAUCACCAAGCCGGAUCUCAUCAACGAAGGGACAGAAUCACGUGUCGCCCAGUUAGCAAACAACUGCGAUCGCACAAGAUUGAAUCUUGGAUGGUUCCUUCUCAAGAAUCCCAGUCCAGUUGAGCUAAAGGCAGGAAUCACACCGGAUGGGCGCCGCCAUGCGGAACUACGCUCCUUCUUGGAGGAAUUGUUGGACAGCCAUAUUGAGAGAGAGAUGCCAAAGGUUCGUGAAGAUGCGCGUCGGGUGUUGCGUGGUAUCAACGAGGAGCUUGGUGACCUUGGUUCUGAGCGGAAGUCCCCAAGCCAGAUACGCAUGUUCUUGACAAGAAUAAGCACAAGCUAUUACAAUCUGAUAAACGCUGGUGUUGAAGGGUCAUAUGGUGGCUGUGACGCGGGAUUCUUUGGGACGAGCGAUGGACAAUUGUUUGUUCGUCUGCGUGCUGCAAUUCAUAUAGAGAAUGAGCGAUUCUCCGAUAAUAUGAGGGAGCAUGGCGAGAAGCGUAAAGUGAUACCGGGCAACCAGGAACGCCCUGAGCAAGACGAAGGUCAACUACAUGUCACUGCAGAGGAGAUGUUGGAGUGGAUUCAGCAGGUUUAUAUCCAAACCAGAGGCCGAGAAUUGCCAGGGAAUUAUAACCAUUCAUUCCUCGCUGAACUAUUUCACGUGCAGUCGUCACGGUGGGCCUUGAUCGCUCGUGAACACAUCAAUUCUAUCUCAAAGAUUGUUAGCCAAUUCGCCAAUCUCGCACUCAUACAUGUAAUCAAAGAUGGGAAGAUUCGGGAAAAUGUCAAUUGCCUUAUCCAGGCUGCACUGGAAGCAAACGUUGAAGCCAGUGAACACGAACUGGCAAAACUACUGGAGGAUGAAACUCGCCAGCCAAUCACCUACAACCACUAUUACACGGACAACAUCCAGAAAGCAAGACAUGACAAUUCCAUGCAACAAAUUGAGAAAUCUGUGCGCGACGCUAUUGCUCCUGACUGGAAUGGUCGCCACAAUCUACCAAAUACAGAGAAUGACAUCGCCGGAUUGUUGAAGUCUCUGAAAUCCCGUCUUGUUGUUGACAUGAAAGAACAAGCAUGUCUCGACGCAAAAACCGAUUUGAAUGCUUACUACAAGGUUGCUCGAAAAACAUUCGUUGACAAUGUCACUCGCCAAGUUAUUGAGCGACAUAUUCUCGCCAAGCUAUCUGAUGCAUUCAACCCUACAGUUGUCAGUUGCUAUUCAGACGAGGAUUUACUUAGUUUGGCAGCUGAAUCCCCUCGAAUCGGUCAUCGACGUUCGGAGCUGCGCCGACUCCAGAAAGUCUUGGAACAGAGUCUUCGCGACUUGGCAGAAUGA